AUGGCUAUGAUAUUCUCCGUGGGACUACCACGCAGCAGCGGAGGUCGGUUCUUCCAACGUGACGGCUUUAACAUCUCACUGCCAGAUCGAGCCGGUGAGACCAUUGAGGUUAUGCAAACGAAGAGGUCAGAAGUUCUGAGAAAUCUGACAGAAGAAGCUAGAGUCAACGGUGACCUUGUACUGGGUGACUACGAGGACACCUACUAUAACCUUAGCCUCAAAUUAUUCCACACAUACCAAUGGGCCUCUAGCUUCUGUCGGCCACAUUUCACCUCCCAACAACGACCUCCUGUCUUUAUCUUCCUAGAUGAUGAUUUUGCUUUCAAUGCAAGGCGUAUGAAGGUCGAAUUGGGGGCCCUCACGGACGCGCAGAUACGACGAGUGAUUUGGGGCUUACCGCGUAAUCACUCACCAGCAGUUCGGCAUUUGGACUCAAAACGCUGGGAAAAGUGGUCCGUCUCCAAACGUGAGAUGCCCUGGCCUUACUACCCGCAUUUAGCCCCCGGCUGUUUUACCGUCAUUGGCGCUGAUGUUCUCCAGGAAAUUGCGCUGGCCAUGUAUUUCACUCUACAAUUUCCACUAGACGAUGCCUGGUUAGGCAUCGUCAUGACAAAGUUAGAUCUUGAAUUUCAAUUUCGUCCGCGCAUGUACAACAAAUGGCCUAGGGGUGUUAGAAAGAAUUCGGUUCUGUUUGCACCCCUAGACUACCUCCUUACUUCAAAAUGA